UAUGUUUUGUUUCCGCAGACGACGAUGGAGUCUUUAGUGCUCCAAGUAUCAUGUGUCUUCUUGAUGUUCCUUUUGCAUUUCGGGGUCGGGUUGUCGCCGUUUUUGUUGGUGCGAUGUUGUGACAAAGGUAGGCAAUCGUCAGAGUUGCCAUCGUGGAUCAACUGCGUCACUGGAGGUGUUUUCAUUGCCAUGUGUUUCCUCGGCCUCAUCCCGUAUGCCGAGGACAAGUUUGACGAGACGGAUUUUGCGUCUGUUUUGCCCAUGGCGCAGAUUUUCGUUGUUGCUGGAGUCUUUUUCGUGUUGCUGUUGGAAUCGGCGGUUAGGCUAUGGUUGUUUCGGGGUGGUGUCAAGACGCACCAGGCUUGCAAAGCGUCAACCGUGUUUCACGAUGUUCUUGCAGUUGACAUUUAUUCUGAGGAAGCCCGAGACGCUGUUGACCCCUUGAUGGAAGAAACCCCACAUUCCGAUGAGAUGCAAGUCCACGUGCAUGGAGGCGUUUCUUGGGACGACAUUUUAACCAGCAACAGUCCAAAUAAGGACUCCUCUGUCAUUUUCCUUUUCAUGGCCAUUAAUCUUCACGCAUUUUUUGAAGGCGUGGCCCUUGGACUGCAAACUGAGCCAAAGAAACUCGUUCCUUUGUUCAUUGGAAUACUUGUUCACGAAAUAAUGACUUCGUUUGCGUUGGGCGUGUCUGUGGUCCGGAAACGAUUCCCUUUCGUGACUGUGGCCAAGUAUUUGUUUUCUUUCGCGGCGUCCAUUCCGUUGGGCAUUGGCGUCGGGAUUGCCAUCAGUGUGGCGCCGGGAAAUGGCGGCGCGAUCACGUCGGCUUGUUUGCAAGCCUUCAGUGCCGGGGUUUUGUUGCAUAUUAUCCCUGCGGAGUUGUCGAAAGAAGCGUCGAAUUUCGUCAAGAUAUUUUACUUUAUGCUCGGGUUUGUGGCUUUUGGCUGUGUUGGUGGACUUUUGCAUCACGUGUUAACGUGA